AUGGGUCAAAUUUACAGUAAUCCAAUUCAAGUAUUAGCAGAAGCUCAGCCUGGAGAUAUAAUUCAAUUUGAGAGAGGAUGGAAUCAAUCCCAUUGUGGAAUCUAUGCUGACCUACCAAGUGAUGAAAUUCUUAAACGUGCUCGUGGCUAUAAUUUCGGAAAGUAUUAUUGGAAUUCUACAAGUAACCAUUUUGCAGCUGAAUGUCGCUAUGGACAAGAUUGGAACUCAAUGUAUAAAAAAUAUUGUACAUCGUUUGGGUUCUAG